UGCUUUUGUUCAGUUUUAAUCCAGUAGUGCAGUUCAGAUGUGGUGUGAGAAGUUUUCCUAUUGGGCGAGAAAAAGAAGCAUUUUCAUCAGGAAAAUUGAUUCGCUAUUGGAAAAUUGAAACAAAGGGCUUGUUUUUCAUUCUGCGGGGUGAUGUGAUGAAAUUCGGAGCAAUCCUUUUGGGAUUUACUGUGCAUGCUGUGCGACACAGCAGUAAGGAAAAUCGAUCCACCCGAUGUGAAUGGUGCCUGCGGUGGUGAGGAAAAGUUGGUUUUUCCAACCGAAUGCUGCUCGAGUAGCAACGAGUAUCCAAAGUGUUGUUAAAAAUGUGAUAAAAAUCGCAUAUCUGGCGAGAAAAGUGAUAUUCGAUAUGCUAUUGCCAUUAGAGUGAGAAAAAAGCGUUUCUUAGCUGAAUCGAAGAAAGAAAAGUGAAAAAGUAGAAGUUCCAAGGAAUUCCCUUCGGGGCUUUGACUGCCCACCACCAACAACAAGUAUAUACACAGUGUGAAACCAUUGUUGUUUGCUGCUGAUUCAUCCAUUCUCUCUGCCAAAGGUGGUUCGUUUUCGAAGAAACCAUUACUAGGAGUGGAUACUGCGAACAAAACAUUACUGUUGAUUGGGAUUAACAAAACACGCAUCAAGGGCGAACUACAACCGUACCACCAGCCACAGCCAAAUCGUAAUUUCCGGCAAACGCCCACGCCCCACACCAUUCCGAGACAAUGCACGCAGUUGGAAUACACUCGGCACUGGCCAUCAAACGGCAGCGAAAACGGCGGGACAAUCAGCGCAAGGCCCGCGAACGACGCUACAGUAUACAGAGCUCGGAGAGUGGCGAUACGCACUCGCCCCAUGGCUCCACCCGUCGGAAGUUCCAUCCCCACCAGGUGCACGCCACCGACAACAACAAUUUACUAGAUACCAAAGUAGUCACAAGUAUUGGUAUGCUGCACAUAGGUGUCGUAUUCCUAGUGUUCGGAAUCUUUUUACUAGGAGCUGGAUUUUUUCCAGAUAAUCUAUCAAAUCAAUCGUCACAAUCAUGGCACCUGCUGGGAAAAGGAUCCUGGUGGAACGAGCUAGUAUGCACGGGACUGUUCGCCAUCGGUCUCGGCAUCUUUCUAAUCAUAUUAAACUGUGUGAUAAGCAGUCGGGAGGAGCAGGACCUUGAAAGUUACGUCCAGCGGCAGCUAACCCGAUCGAGAUCCGGCCAUCGACUGGAGCGCGACGUUGAGACGGGUGGCCUCACGACACGCCACCACCGCAAAGCCAUGCAGAUACAGAAGGGUGCCGCCGAGAGAGGACUGGACGAUCUGUCCAACUCCAACAUCCUGCUGACGCCUACCAGCAGCGAAGUGGUGACACCGACGACUCCAUCCGGAGUACUUGGAGCAUCGGGAGAAAUUUUAUUGGAGAAAAUCCUCGAGGAGGACAGUAGCUACGGUGAUCCGGACUACUACACACGAAACAACGUUGGCCAAUCGCCGCCCGGGCUGGACAACGACAAGAAGCUGCUGCUGGGCAAUGGCCACACCGGCGCCAUCCACAUGACCGAUAUUUAAUUCCUCGGUGUACCACACAUUAAUAGCCCAUCGCCUCCAUCAUCACCGUCGCCAUUAUUGUCGUCGUCUCAUUAUCGUCGCCAUAGUUUCGUUGUGAUGUCAUCAUCAUACAGCCGGUGAAAUGGACCGACCACCACCAUCCCGUGUCGCCACAGCAGCCAGCAGAGGCAUCGUAAGUAGAACCAGCGCAGCAGCGCGCAGUCAUGGCAGAAGAGCUCUAGAAGGCACCACGAGUAAAGUGUGCUAACUAUACAUUAUGGCUCUUUCUUCCCAAUCUUCUACACUAUAUAGAUAUUUUUUUCUAUAUUGAUAUAGAUAUUAAUAAGAAAUAUUCACAUAGUUCAAGUACGUGAAGAUAUAUAAAUUGAAAAA